GGAUUUCCCGUCGUGCCUCGGGGCUCCCGGUCGCUCGACUCCUGUAGGAGAGACGCGCCUGGGAGUCUCCAGAGUUUAGCUUAUCCCGGUGCCCGGGCCACUGUGUCCCUCCCAUCCCGGGAACAUGCCGCGCCGACCUCCGCAGUAAUUCCUGGACUGAGGCAAUGACAGCGGCUCCGGUAACCCCGCGGGAGAUCAGGGAGAGGCUGCUACAGGCCAUCGAUCCGCACAGCAACAUUCGUAAUAUGGUGGCUGUGCUUGAAGUGAUCUCCAGUUUGGAGAAAUAUCCAAUUACCAAAGAGGCACUGGAGGAAACACGGCUAGGAAAAUUGAUCAAUGAUGUUCGUAAAAAAACAAGCAACGAGGAGCUUGCCAAACGUGCAAAGAAGUUGUUGCGGAGCUGGCAAAAGUUGAUUGAGCCAGUGGCCCAAAGUGAGUCAUCUGCCAGAGGUACUCCUAAUCCACCAGGCUCUGCCAAUGGAGGUAGUGCUCACAACUGCAAGGCAGAGACUGCUCCCACAACGUUACUGAGUGGGAAGCCUGUCCAAGAGCUAAAGAGCCGUAAUGAUAUCCAGAGAGCUCACUCGCCAAAAUCUGAUAAGUUGGCUAUCCGAAAGAGAAAAGGGGAGAAUAAAGAUGGCACCCAAGCAACCCCUUGCAAAGUGGCUAAAUCCAGCCAUGAGCUGUUCCAAAACUCCUCCUCUUCCCCUCCAACCAAUGGUGUUGGGGGCAGCCCACCUGACAGCAUACCUAGCCCUCUGGAUGGGGUCGUGCAGCCUACCAGGACGGAUCCUGCUGAAAAUGACAAACAUGUCAAAAUCCCGAUCAAUGCCGUCCGCCCUCACACCAACUCCCCAGGACUUGUAAAACACCCAAGCACUUCCUCUUUGCUCAAAGUGGCCAUUCUUCAGCAAAACAGUGCAGGGUUGGAGGAUGCCUCUCAUCAACCACGAAGUCCCCGCUGUGCCUCCUUUAGCCCACGAGGUACAAGGGCAGAGCUAGUAGCAAGGCAGCACACCACUUAUGCACCAAAAGUUUGUGUUCCCAGCCCCUCCCAGAGGAUGCCAGGUGUGGAUGCUGCACAUGCACCCUCGUACCAGCCCCCAGCUCACCCACCUACACCCCCUGCCAUUGCAAAAAGACUUGAGUCCCCUGGAAGGGACAUGUUGGCAGUUUCCUCCCCUCACAAGCCUCUAGAACAGUUGUCGUUGACUGAUUGCCAGCAUCCUUCCCGAACAUCACAGCAGCACACACCUCAUGGGCCCCGCAGCUGCUUACCACAUAUGGACUCCCAAACACCACGCACAGGAUUUUCGCCAGAGCCCUCCAAAAUGGACAGUGAUGAUGCAGCAUCUGGUUCAGACAGCCACAAAAGAAGAAAAUCCAGAGGUAGGGGGGAGCAAGAGGGGCACUCAACAGAUGGGACUGGUAAACCUGCACGGGUAAAAAAGGAACGUAAGCUGACGUUUGAUUUCAUGACUGGGCAAAUUAAACCUCUAACUAACAAAGACUCUUCUCAAGCAGAGUGUUCAGCCCCUUCAGAACAGCACAGAACUGAAACAGACAAGCAGGACCCAAAACUAGGCUUGCCAAAUCCCUUUGAACAGGCUAACUGGAAAGAGUUAUCUUGCAAUGAGAUUAUCCAAUACUAUCUCAACCAGCAGAGCAGCUUACUGUCUUCCUCCGGUGUACAUACCCAGAGUGCGCACUAUUACAUGUCUGAAUAUUUAAAACAGGAGGAAUGCACUAAGAGAGAAGCCAAGAAGACUCAUGUUUUAGUCCCACUUGUCCUUCCUAGUGAGUUGCCUGGAAGAACCAGGGACGUAAAUAGUGCUGACAUAGACAGGAUACACAACCAACAUUGGCCUGGUGUCAAUGGCUGUCAUGAUACACAGGGCAACUGGUAUGAUUGGACGCAGUGCAUCUCCUUGGACCCUCAUGGUGAUGAUGGUAGAUUAAACGUCUUGCCUUAUGUCUGCCUAGACUGAGAGCCUAUCCAAAUCCGCUUGUCAUAUCUGCGGUUUUUCACUGCAAAAUCCAUGGGUCGCACAGCGACCGCACCUCAACACAGACUUAGAUAAGCAGGAAAAGUUGUCCUGUUUCUGGGGACGGGAGUUUGAGGGAGGUCAUAGAGCUAGGAAAUGGCACAGAAGGUAUGCUCUAUGGCCACUACAUCCUGGGAAUUAACUUCCCCUGGAAGUUCCCCAGAGUUUGCCGCACCCAUUCUUUUGUGCAAAAAUGCUGCUACCAGUUUGACAGAAAUAAAGAAGGCGGUGAAGAAAUGCAAUGAAGGGUGUGCAAGGGGGGGUUAAACUUAUUUUCAGAAACUCUUAUAGCAAAUGAGCUAUAAUAAAAACUAAAUAAAGUGUUAAGUUUGAACCAACCCUAAAAUCGCAUUAAAGUGAGUUUUUUUUUUUUUCCCCGGUACCUGCAAAAGGGCUGGAAUGAAAAGUAUAUCUAUUAUAUAAAUAUAUAUGACAGGUACCUUUAAAAUAAGAAAAAACAAACUUAUGUGAAAGAGGAUUUAAAUCAAAGAAGAGAAGUUACCAUAACGAAGUAUGCAUUUAUUUAUUUGAGUUAGCUUUUCUUCCUUUUUUCAGAUUUUAUUUCCCUUAAAACUUUCAGUAAAGUAUCUGAAGACUAGAACUGAACUCUUUCUAGCAUCGCAACUGGUCCUUUAAUUGUGAAGGGGGAAUCGGGGUUCACAGAUCAUCCCCCUCCCGUUUUUUGUUUUUAUAUAUAUAUAUAUCUUUAAUUAGAAUUUGUUAAAUCUCGGUUUUCUGAUCAUUCCACAUUUUAGUUAGAAGCAUCCAACUCUCAUCCCUAAACUGUUGCAAAUUCAUUAAGCUAUGGUGUUAACCUGUGAUCCUUUUUUGGCCACAUGUGAAUAUCCCCCACCAGUUGAAGACUCAAGUUCUAUAGUUCAUUUAAUUUGUUUAAUAGAUCUAACGUUUUAAAUUGUGCUGUUUUCUGCCCCCGUAACAAGAUGCUUCUCAGAUGGUCUUUGCCUCCAAAGUUGAAAGGUGAUAGAUGGUGCUACCAGCUUCUAUAUUGAUUACAGAGUGCAGAAAGGGCCUGGUUGUGCGCUGGAGAAGAAAAAAAAAACUUGCUACCAUUCCUUUUAGAUGUAAUCUGCCUUAUGGGAUCUCCAUCAUAAACGCGAUUUGUUUUUGUUUCUUUGUUUUUUUUUUUUCCUUUUCCAAAAAACAAAACAAAAAAGCCUUAGUUGAAUGUACAGUAAAACUUCUGUAUUUCUGAUGUGCAGAAGAGAGCAACUUUGCUAACUUUGGUCCUAUAAGUGGACGACUUGUGAUAUAAAUGUGGAAACCAUAAUAAAAAAAAAAAAAUUUGCUCUUAA